GAAAAGGAGGCAAGACUCGCUAUUCAUGGAUAAAAAUCCGAGGGAAUCGGAGGGGCGAAAAGUUUGAGAAAGAAAAAGCUAUGUGGACGGACGAGUAGGCCCUGCAACUGAGCUCGAAGACCUUCUUUUCUUUUCUUUUCUUUUGUUUGCGACGCUGAUCUGGCGGUUUUGCUGCCCGCAGCGCUCCUUGUAUAAAAGUGAUAAAGAGAGAGGAGAGCGAGAGACUCGGAGACUCAGACGCUCAGAGGCUCGGAGCGCCGGAGAGCCCAGCAGGAGGAGGAGCAGCACGGUGGCGCUUGAGGGAAGAGGAGCCGCGAGAAACGUCCUCUCUCUCCCGCACUCUCACAGCCAGCCGCACCCCGACCGACACGCCAGCCUUCCUCCUCUCCCCCAGACCUGCUGUAGCAUGGCCAGAUCUAGCAAAGCUGCUUUGGCUCUGCUCAUCUACGGGAUCUUAAUGCACUCCAGCGCCUACUGCACGCCUGUCGGGAUCACUUUCCCCAACAUGAGACUAGAGAGCGACGUGUUCGAUGAGGACGGGAACUCGCUGGGGGAGCUCGCCUUCGACUCAGAGCCGCUGUCCAUCCGCAGCUCUCCGCCUCUGUCGGACGACAUGUACACGCUGUACUACCCGCCGGAGAAGAGAGCGGAAAGGCAUGCAGAUGCAGAUGCAGAUGGAUUAUUAGAUAGAGCCUUGAGGGACAUCCUGGUUCAGUUAUCAGCACGAAAAUAUCUGCAUUCUCUGAUGGCAGUGCGUGUAGGUGAAGAGGAUGAAGAAGAGCCAUUGUCCAAGCGCCACUCUGAUGGGAUCUUCACAGACAGCUACAGCCGCUACCGAAAGCAAAUGGCCGUCAAGAAGUAUCUGGCCGCAGUCCUGGGCAGAAGGUACAGACAAAGAUUUAGAAACAAAGGACGUCGGUUUGCUUAUUUGUAGCGUCGAUAGAGGAGAAAGAAAAUCCCCUCUCCCCAAAAAAACCUGCCCACCCCCCUCUUCUCACCUGCCCAC